AUGGACGACGAGGGGUCGGUGGAGAUCGAGGAACUCUUCGCUCUGCUCAACCAAAGGCAGGAAACGGGAGGCGAGGCUGAAGGGCACGGGCCCAACGAAGAAGGCGCGGGUCGUGAUGGAGUUGGUGCUAGCCCCGAUCAGAACGUUCGACCAAUCAACGAGCUGCGCAUGCUGAGUGUGGCGAGGAAGGACUUCGGCAAGGUCGAGCGCGUUGCCCGCUCGAUGACCGCGCAAAGGUUAGCGGCGGCGAGGGUCGAGUUGGAGAGCUCGGGCAAGACGACCGAUGAGGGCGUGAAGGAGCUUCUCAGGAGCCUCUCGCUGUACGGCCACCGGCAACCCAUGUCGAGAGAGGUUCGGCUCAAUAUGCGGCGGAAAAUCCAGUCGCUCAUCGUUGGCUACGGCGUUCCGGCCAUCUGGUUCACCAUCAACCCAAACGACAUUACGAACCCGGUGAAGCUGCGACUGGCGGCAUAUCGGACACGCGAUCCCGGCGCGGCCGAGGAGUUCCUAGAAGGCCUUGGGAGUGCGUACAAGCGGACAAGGCUGGCCAUGUCCGAUCCGAUGAGCGCCGCCGUAUUCUUCCACCGGGAGAUGAAGCUGUUCUUCGAUCAUUACGUGAAGGUCGGAGAAGACUCGAUGCUUGCCGACAUCCACGGGGAGGAUCAGGCGGCGUAUCGCGAGCGAAUCAUACGAUACGUCGAUAGUGUCUUCUCCGAGGAUCUGGAUCAGGAAGGGUUCUGCGCCGUGCAAGCGGAGCGAUCUGUGACGUCCGAUAUUUCCUCCCUGCUGGACAACACCGAGCAGUUUUCGGCCGCAUUUGACGAGGAGGCCAACUUCUGUGCCGGCGCUACACAGAUCCGGAGGACUCACAGCAUGGUCAAUCGAUGGAACAAGGCUAUCGCUGUUGGGCUCCGGCACAACCACGACAUUUCCUUCAUUGCGACGCAGCGCAAGACCAUGGCCCUUAUGUAUUAUGUCACGAACUACGCGACGAAGGUGGAGGACCCGGUGUGGAAGCGUGUGGCGGCCGCGGCCGAUCUCCUGGCCGCCUCAACGGGUGACGGCACGGCCAACGGAGGACAGGACGACGGUGGAGGUGCUGUCGAGGUCGUCGCUCAUCUUCUUGGAUAUCCGGCCGAGUUCACCAACAGCAGCGCCUGGGCGUACCUGAACACAUCUCUGCUGUACUGGGAAGUCUUUCGACGGUGGCCGUAUCUCCGACGAGCAAGUGGCGCGGCGGCCAUAGAUGAUACUCUGGAUGAGUCGGUGCUCAGGCGGCCGGGCAAGCAUGCUACCGUCUGCCUCGAUGGCUACCUGAGCAAGGACUUCGGCCACAACGACGACGAGGAGUCGUGCCACCGGAGGGCAGCCGUGCAGCAUCUUGCGCUAUUUGUGCCGUGGGAGUCCUUUCUGUGCGAAGAAACAGCCGAAGACGCAAAGCGCGACGCCAAGCAAUGGGCGGCCUCAUCCGGCGAUGGCGAUUCCACGGUCGCCCACGUCGAGGAGGGCGAGACAGGCGAGGCGGGCGCAGAAUUUGCAGCGACGUAUCGGUCCAACAACAUCGGAGACGCAACGCGCCUGAUCGACGUCGUCCGAGGCGCAGUGGGCACGAAUCAGGUGACGGCCAAGUCGCCGGAGCUCAUGGCAAUGAUGCGGCAGCUCUGUCGAUUCCAGCAAUCGGCGCUCUGCUCAACGGCCGAGCUCGAGGCCAUCGCGAUUCCCGAACAAGGGUUGAGGUGCAUAAGCAUGCCAGGGCGGGUAUUUUCCGGGGCCGCACUACCGCCGCAGGAUCAGGUCAAGGCUAUCAAGUCGCAGCAGAUAAUCCGGGAAAGCGAUCGCCGAGCUGCGUUGCGGAGGGUGAUGACCGGCUUCGGGGAGGACGACGUCGAAAUGACGACAGCCGACUCCGACGAGACGGCUAGCGACGCAGAAGCGGGAAUGCGCGUCCAGCUUGGCCCAUCGACCUCCUUCUUCGCGGCGGGCAAGGAGUUGUCAACACGGCUAACGCUGAACAAGAGGCAGUCGAUCGCUUUCCUAAUAAUAUGCCGCCAGCUCGAUUUGAUGCGACAAACGAAUAGGGGCGAUGCCGGCCAGCUCUGCCAGUUCGUCGGCGGCGAGGGGGGCACCGGCAAGUCGCGGAUCAUUGGGGCACUCGUCGAGCUGUUCAGUGGGAAGAGCCUUUCGAAUCGUCUGCUGAUCACGGCGACGUCAGGGACUGCCGCGGCGCAGAUCAACGGCAUCACGAUCCACCCGCCUGCGGGUUCACUAAAGACCAAGGGGCGGGCGGCGCGAACACAGCCAAGGACCUUGACGGGAAAGAUUUCGGGGAUCCCCAUCGUCCUCUUCUGCGGAGACUUUCAGCAGUUCCGGCCGGUCCAAGAGAGGUCGAUCGUCCUGCCGAGCGCGGCCAUCUCGUGGGACGUAGACAACUCGUUCAAGGCCGAGCAGCGGCACCAGCACGACAAAGCGCACGCGCUGUGGAAGAGAUUCACGACGGUCGUCAUGUUGAACGAGCAAAUGCGCGCCGCCGGUGAUCCGGAAUUGCAGGCUGCUGAAGCGGAUCCGGCAGGGUGCAGGACCGCACGGAUCUGGACCUCAACUCAAGGUGCUACCGCGAGGGCAGGCGGAUCCUGGGAGACUGGCAUCACCGUGGUGACGCCGCUGAACAGGAAUCGGUGGAACCUAAACAUGGAGGCAAGCUUGGCGUUCCGGGUCCAGCAGCGGUCGACGAUGCGCAUCUUCAUCUCCGAGCACAAGUGGAAGGAGGGCCUGCCGACCGAGGAAGAAGCGAUCAUGGUACUCAAUCAAGGCGACGAUAGCGCGAUCCCCGUGCCGGCCGUCUUCAUGCAGGCGGGCGGAAACAAGGGCGCGACGCAAAUGCAAGGGCAGGAUGCGCAGAGCACAGAGGAAGGUCUGCGGGUUUGUGGAGAGAUGGCGGGGCGAGGAGGUGCAGCCGAUGCCUGA